AUUUAAACCGAAAGCCCAAAACCAAGUGAAAAUCAAACCGAAAACCGAAGUAGAAUUUUAACCGAACCGGAACGAACUGUCGGGUUGAACCGCGAGAUUGCAGUGAACACCCUUCGUCUUCUCCUUCAGAUCGCGCGUAAAUCGAUGGAGCUCGGAUCCAGACGAAGCUACACGACGAUGCCGUCGAAGCUCCGAUCUUCACUUCUUCCACGUCUUUUACUCGUUUCUCUCCUCUUACUCAUCUUCUAUUCCACUAUCCUCCGUCGUCCGAUCACUUCAAACCUCGCGUCUCCUCCGCCGUGCGAUUUCUUCUCCGGCCGAUGGGUCUACAAUCCAGAAACUUCGAAACCGAUGUACGACGAGACUUGCCCAUUCCACCGAAACGCUUGGAAUUGCUUACGGAACAAGCGAGAAAACAUGGGUGUUAUCAAUUCGUGGAGAUGGGUACCCAAUGGCUGCGGGCUGAGUCGAAUUGACCCGACCCGAUUCCUAGGGCUGAUGAGGAACAAGAACGUUGGGUUCGUUGGGGAUUCUCUGAACGAGAAUUUCUUGGUUUCGUUUCUGUGCAUACUUAGAGUGGCUGAUCCGAGUGCGGUGAAGUGGAAGAAGAAAAAGGCUUGGCGUGGAGCUUACUUCCGCAAGUUCAAUGUCACUGUCGCUUAUCACAGAGCUGUUCUUCUCGCAAAAUAUCAGUCGCAGCCGAUACCUUCUGCAGAAGCUAAUCAAGACGGGAUUAAAGGAAUUUAUAGAGUAGAUGUAGAUGUUCCUGCAGAUGAGUGGAUCAACGUCAGUAGCUUCUAUGAUGUUCUCAUAUUCAACUCUGGCCAUUGGUGGGGUUACGAUAAGUUUCCUCAAGAGACACCUCUUGUCUUCUAUCGAAAGGGAAAGCCGAUAGAUCCUCCUCUUGAUAUAUUGCAAGGAUUUAAAGUGGUUCUUCAACAUAUGGUUUCUUAUAUCCAACAAGAAGUUCCAGCAAAGACCCUUAAGUUCUGGCGCUUGCAAUCACCAAGGCAUUUCUAUGGCGGUGAUUGGAACCAAAAUGGAAGUUGUUUGCUCGAUAAACCACUCGACAAAAACCAGCUUGACUUGUGGUUUGAUCCCAGGAACGACGGAGUGAACAAAGAAGCAAGAAGGAUUAACCAAAUUAUCAAGAAGGAGUUGCAAACCACAGAGAUCAAGCUACUUGAUCUGACGCAUCUAAGCGAAUUCAGAGCAGAUGCUCAUCCUGCUAUCUGGUUAGGAAAACAGGACGCAGUGGCCAUAUGGGGACAAGACUGUAUGCAUUGGUGCCUACCUGGUGUUCCCGACACAUGGGUCGAUAUCUUAGCCGAACUCAUUCUCAGUAACUCAAAAACAGAGUGAAGACAUUGUCUGAGUCAAGAACUGAGACUUGCUUUGGCAUGGAAAGUCAAAAUGUGUCUGAAAGGAUUCAUCUUUUACUGUGUAAAUGAUAUGAUUCUUUUUUUUUUUUUUUUGAUGAAAUUUUUUUCUGAUAGGAUUUCGUUCUUCCUUUCCCAAGAAAUACUUCACAGAACACAAAACAUUUUAACCUUUAUUGUAUUGUGAAUCUGUGAUGCAAGGAUUAUUCCAUUUCUG